AUGGAGGAGUUCAAAUCGGCUCAAAAAAAACUGCAGUCGGAGAUUCUGACCGCGGAAUAUGCCCUUCUGGUUCAUGUUCGCGACCUCAAGGCGCAAGCGAUAAACGUGAAAGACUCUAUUGAAGCAGCGCGCGAGGGGAGCCAAAGUUUAACUGAUGCUCAAAAAACUCAAUGCGAGCUUGCUGAAGAAGAGCUUAAAAAAGCUAUCAGCGAGGCUGAAGACGCGAUCAACGCUUUCGACUCGUACAGGGAGAAGUUGGUUUCACCACCAGGAGACCCCCCUUCCGAAAGCGAAAUCGCAGGAGCGAUCCGCAAAACCAAUCCUGCCAUCUUCGAGAGUCUGGCGAAAAGUUGUAAAUUUCUACGAGGCCGCCUGAAAGGGUUAGAUCAUCAUCUACCCAAGACAUUUGUGCAGGACGAAACGUCCCCCCUGCAUCCGAGCAAUCGGUGGCCCAACGAGUCCGCGGCCAUGAAACCCCUCGCGCGAAGCGGGAAAAAACGGUCCCGAGAUGCUGGAAUAUCAUCUCGUCAAGUUGUUUCGAGGGGCGAUGGACACCGGCCGCUUUAACCGAUUUCAUCCUCGCAAUGGUUCAGGUCUACUUCUUCGUCUCUACCAAGCAAGCUAUCUUCGAUGAGAAAAACCGAAGAUGAGACUCCCUUGUACUUGCAGGAGCUCCUCUAGUAGUACAAUUACAACAAGUUAGAAGUACAAAAGCAUAGAGAGAGAUGGAAAAACAGUGCAAAAGCAGUAAAGCAAGAGGUAACUACUAUUAGCACUACUUUGACGAAAAACAUCAAAGCAAGAAACUCACUGCCAUUCCGACGUCUGCGAACAUGGGUAUCCCCCUUCGCAUAAAAAUGUUGGAGUGUGUUUGUGUAAGUAGCGCUGGCCGCCAGUCAGUAGCGCGGAGUCGAUAAAUGCGGCAGCUCUAAAAUGAGGCGCGAAACACGAAAAAACUUCGGCGAGGCGCUGUAGAAGUAUUGCGCUCGUCUUCUACAAAAAAAGCAACAUAAUUGAAUAUUAACCAGUCUGUAGCGCUGGCCAGGCAGAAACGGGGCGAGGAGGCGAGAAAUAAGGAAAAACCAAGACGAAGUGGAAGUACGAAAUAGCAAUAUUUUUCGAAGAGGCGCUGUAGGAAUAUUGACAACUUUGUCGUCUUCUAUCUUCCAAGAAGCAUUUGCAUUAGUGUAAUCAAGGCGACUUGUUGUCGUUAUACUGGCAUUCUAGUGCUGAAAUGCAAAGACAGUGUACUACGAGGAGCCCCCCGAAGCUUUAUUACGUUUGCGAACUUCCAAGUCCCAUCAACAUUUUCUUUUUGUCACCGAUAUAAUAAGGUUUUCAGUUUUUUUCAUUAGUUUUUUAUGGUUAGUUUACUUUGCUAUGCUUAUUGUUGUAUUUCUCUCAUAAUAAGGAGAUCUGAAGCCAGAGCCACAACGUCUUGUCUUAGCGCCGAUCAAGCUCACGUUUGGGGUUGUUCAGGCAACGGCGGUACCCCAGCUCUAACUAAAUAUCCCUAAUUAAAUAUUUGCGUCCUUAUCUCCUAGUUUAGUGUCUCAAUCCCAUCGCCGAUUUUUUUGUGCUUUGAUAAUGAAAUCAAUUCGUAUAUUUUUUAAAUUUAUUAAGUUUAUUUGCCGUGUAAAUCUUAAUCAUCAACAUCGUGUCGUCCUGUAGUCUGCGCCUCGUUUCGAAGAAAAAGCGCCUGCUUGUGUUUUUACAGGAGGUAUUUUUAAUUGUGCGGUCAGUUAUUUCUUUUCGGAGGAGCGAAAGAAAUCGAGCUGUACGCCGCAUGUGCAAUGUAAAAGACGAGGACAACACGAUCAACAAGAAGAAAAAGUAUCACUUCCCCCGCAUUUUUUUAUAAACGACCUACAUCUAGAUGUGUUUCAUUAUCGUUGCAUAUGACAACUCGCCAAUCUUUGUCAGUAAUUGUUAUAGCCG